AUUACGAAGGCUUACGCCGGAAAUCGUUAGCUUCGUUCGUGCCUGCUUUACAGUUGACUGGAAAGCGACCAGAUGGAAUUUCGCACUGGCUUCUUAACAGAUUCCGCACAUUCUGAAUUGUAUCGCUCACAUUUUUAACGGACUCUCCGGCUGACAAACAGCCCUGGCCUGACUACUAAAGCCUGUCGGAGAGGCUCGGCUGCGCUGCGAACCGGGACAGAAGCGGUCCAGACAUUGAAGGAUACCCCACCAAACACCCUCCCGCUGUCCCUGAGGCGAGUGUGUCCGUCCACCAUGCCGCUGUUUGGUAAAUCCCACAAGAGUCCGGCGGACAUCGUCAGGACGCUGAAGGACAACCUCGCCAUUCUGGUCAAACAGGACAAGAAGACCGACAAGGCGUCUGAGGAGGUGUCGAAGUGUCUGGUGUCCAUGAAGGAGAUCCUGUACGGCAGCAACGACAAGGAGCCUCACACGGAGACGGUGGCCCAGCUGGCCCAGGAGCUGUACAACAGCGGCCUGCUGCUGUCGCUGGUGGAGAACCUGCAGGUCAUCGACUUCGAGGGGAAGAAGGACGUGUGUCAGAUCUUCAACAACAUUCUGAGGCGGCAGAUCGGGACGCGGAGCCCCACCGUGGAAUACUUCUGCUCCCACCAAGAGGUCCUCUUCAUACUGCUGAAAGGGUACGAGACUCCCCAGGUGGCUUUGAACUGCGGCAUCAUGCUGAGGGAGUGCAUCCGCCACGAGCCGCUCGCCAAGGUCGUCCUGCAGUCGGAUCACUUCAACAGCUUCUUCCACUACGUGGAGAUGUCCACCUUCGACAUCGCCUCCGACGCCUUCGCCACCUUCAAGGAUCUCCUGACGAGACACAAGGUGCUCGUGGCCGAAUACCUCGAGCAGCACUACGAUGCCGUGUUUGGGGAUUACGAGAAGCUGCUGCACUCUGAGAACUACGUCACCAAGAGGCAGUCUCUGAAGCUCCUGGGCGAGCUGCUGUUGGACAGACACAACUUCACGGUGAUGACGCGCUACAUCAGCAAGCCCGAGAAUCUCAAGCUGAUGAUGAAUCUGCUGCGAGACAAAAGCCCCAACAUCCAGUUUGAGGCCUUCCAUGUGUUCAAGGUUUUUGUCGCCAACCCCAACAAGACGCAGCCCAUCAUCGACAUCCUGCUCAAGAACCAGACCAAACUAAUCGACUUCCUGAGCAACUUCCAGAAGGACCGCACGGACGACGAGCAGUUCAACGACGAGAAGACCUACCUGAUCAAACAGAUCCGGGAUCUGAAGAAACCGGCCUCCUAAAGGAGCGCCGCUUCCCGCCCGCCACUUUUUAUUUGAUUGGAAGUUGACAGUAAGAAAAAAAAAUGAAAGAAAAACCCCCCCCACUGACGGUUAAGAUGUUUCAAAGACGUCAUCUGGCUUCAUCUCGCUUUGUUGGUUCAUUUACAACUUGUGCAACAGUAGUUUUCGGUCUCUGUUCUUCCUGUAGCGCCACUACUCAUGGUGUUUAGAGGCAGGAGAUUAGCUCGGGUUGAAAAAGAAAAAUAGACCGACACAAUUGUAACAAAUCAGAUGCAGUUUCAGCUGAAGUGUUGAUCAUUAACUAUUUAAAUGAAGUAGCUGCAAAUGAAAAAAAUAGCCAAAUGGCAACACUAACAACCUUCUCAUCCCCUCGACCGCUCCAGUUUUCUCCCUCUGAAAAGAAAUUGGGCUGCAAGGAAUCGCAGCUUUUGGGAUAUUUUGAGGCUUAAAAACAAAGCGCCUCCUCGGUACAUCGAUGGCUGGUUCUUUUUGCUCGUGGAUUUUAGCACUUUCUGUAUCAUAUUAAACGACGUUUUGUUAACUGUAUCACGUGGUUUUCACUCGGCUCGAGGGGGGAUUUGUGUUUUAUAUGUAGUUUGAUUUCUUCAUCGUGUACAGUUUUUGGUUUAUUAGUGCCGUGUGGGUGAGAGCGCCACCUGCUGGCCAGAGAGAGAGAGAGAGAGAGAGAGAGAGGGAGCAUCCUUUCAGCCCUCCUCCUCCAUGUGGUAGAAACGGCAAAGGAGAUUCAGAGGUGCCUUUUGGGGUUUUUAUUUGUAUCUCUUUCCUCUUUUUGUAUAUUCAGUAUCUUUCCAGGGGGAGCUCAAUUCUAAUAUGCUCCGAGUGGAACAUAUUUGCUGUGAUUGAGCGGUGAACCUCUUAACUCGUGAUUGAAACAUUUUUUUGAACUUUUUUGCAGCGUUGGUUGCCGCUGUGUGCGGCUCAAAGGUCAGAGGUCAUAGCGAAGUAGCGCUGACUUAAACCCUGCAGACCCAUCGCAGAGCGAGGCCAAAGUUGUAAUUGAGAAAUGUAACGGUUUAAAAAAGAUACAUAAAAUGUACAAAAUCAAUGACGCUGAAAUGCCACUUUUUAUAUUUGACUCUAACUAAAACUCCUAAUUCCAUUUUCUAAUAGCGACAUUUGCACGUAUGUCAGAAGAAAAAAACAAACCCUGAGUUUAUUUCCCACUUGAUAUUUGAAGUGCAUCCGAGUUUCAUGUUUAAAGUCUAAUAUUUAAACCGAAAAAAAGUGCAGUGCAGCUGGGUGAACGUAACAAUUCUAAACCUGUGAAUGUUCCCUGUUAACCCGGCGUAAAAGAAAAACGGUUCUCCAUGUCGAUGAGAGUAAACAAGCAGCUUUUUAUUGACGCUGCAAGCUGAGGCGCAUCGUGUGAAUCGGAGCAGAGCCCUCUCUCGUCUCUACACGCGGUUGUACCACUUUCACAACAAAUAAAAAGAUGGGAAUGCUU